CGCCGGGCAGGGGAUCGCGGGGCUCGUCGCGGCCUUGUUCCCGUCCCCGACAGCCUCGUUCUCCAACCCUAAGAUCUGUGCCUAGCUGGCGCCUGGUAACAUGACACCAACGGUCCUCAUGGAGUACAGGCCGCAGAUGCAGAUUAAACGGGGCUACGACGAAAUAGCUUACCGGGGCGGCGCGGGGUAUGCAGAGACUGUAGGUGAGUCGGGCAGCCCUGUUCGUGUCGACUCCGAAGAUUCCUCUGCGCCAAAACGCAAGUGCAUCAGCCUUAAUAGCGAUGGCUUUGAAGUGAAGCGAGAGAUCUUCGUCCCGUCUAGGUUGUCGUCGUCUGAGCGGCGCUACCUUCGAAAGAGAUUCCGGGCAGAGCUUGAUUCUGUCCGAUAUCUCCUCAAGAGGCCAGAGUUUUUGGCCAUCAUGCCUGUCAGCCGAGCACUUGGUUUCUCAUCGUCGGCUGCCCCUCGAGCUAAAAAAGUGCAAAGGGGGAGCCAUGUUCUCCGCGGUGCCAAGGGACGCUUCUUGCCGACCAAACCCCGGCCUGAAACAUCUACAGUGUUGCCUGAAGCUACAAUUCUGACGCAGUGCGAAUCUAUUCUGAAGAAGCUGAUGACUCAGAAAUUUAGUCAUAUUUUUAAUGUUCCAGUAGAUGUGGAAAAGCUGAAUAUUCCAGAUUAUAAUGAAAUUAUCAAGCACCCGAUGGACCUUGGGACCAUCAAGAAGAAGCUAGAUUCUGGUUCCUACACAAGUCCUUUUGAUUUUGCAGCUGAUGUCAGGCUGACCUUUAACAAUGCGAUAACGUAUAAUCCCCGAGGGCAUGCAGUGCAUGAUAUGGCCAUUCAACUGAAUAAAAUGUUUGAGUCCAGAUGGAAAACAGUUGAGAAGAAGUUAGUUUCUGCCGCCACUAAGCCACAUGUUGAGGUUGAUAGAGCUGACUCAAAGAGGAGAAAGACCCCUCCUGUGGACCGCAGUGACUUGUCAAUAGAUUGUGUCAGGCCAACUGAGAUUGUGAAGCCAAAGAUGACAUUUGAGGAUAAAGAAUCCUUCGGAAACUGCUUAGCUUCUUUGUCUGAGGAUCCAGAAUUACCUGGUCACAUCAUUGAUAUGUUACAGCAGUGUAUUGACAACAAUACAGAUCAGCUUGGGGAUGAAGAGAUAGAGAUUGAUAUCCAUGCACUCAGUGAUGACAUACUAUUAGAAUUGAAGAAGCAUGUGGACAAGUACUUGCAAGAGAGAGAUCACCAGCAGACAAAAUCUGAGCCUUCUGAGAAUAAGGCUGUGAAUAUUUCUGGCCUCAGUCAUUCGUCCACAAAUCCCUGCAAAGGUGGUGAGCCUGUUGAGGAGGAUGUGGACAUUUGCGGCAAUGCAUCCCCUAUAUUGAUAGAGAAGGAUCCACAAAUCAGAACAAGCAAAUGUGGUAGUCCAAGUAGUUCCAGCAGUGGCUCGGGAUCUUCAUCCAGUGAUUCUGACUCAGGCAGUGACGCUGAAAGCGAACCAGAAAAAGCUGGUAGCCCAGCAAAGCUUGUGAAGGGUAUUAAAAUACCAGAACAACCUGCAGAGCAAGAAAAGAGUGAUGAUGUUAUUAGCCCUGUUGAUGCUAACAACACUACUGCUGAUGUGGAACUCCAUGAACUGGACAAUGAGUCCAAGGCUGCACCUGAGGGUAAGCACCUCCGUGUGCCUGUGCCUUUUUUCUCCCCACCAGCCAUCACUUGCAUCAUCUCUUUUACAACUUAGGUGACUACCGUGCACUCAUAUCAUUGUGAAAACAAUUUGUCACACAUUUGACAUGUUAAUAUUAACAAGAGUAGUGAAUAUGCGACAUACAGCCACAAUGGGAUUUAUGCUGCAUAUUCAACCUCACGGGUGACAAUUAGCAUUGUUUGUGCUCCUCUUCUCGACUUUGCCUCCACCUAGGAUCAAGUCAUGUCCUUGUACUUCUUUUUUCUACUCCAUGCGGGUAGUUGUCCAUGCCCUCCUCUUGUCGGUUUUGCUCUCUGGAUCAAGUCACAUUCUCCCAUCUUUUUUCAUCUCCUUAUGGUAGUGGAUUCCAAGAAAGGACGAUACCAUAUUCCAUAUAGACAUGCAUUAUGUGAAAGAUAUACUAAAGUGAGUAGAUGUAUAACAUAGGAAACAACUAUUUUGUUGAUUCUCAUCCAUGAACUCAGAAAAUCAACUCCACCAACAUAGCUAGAUUGAUACCAUUUUUUUAAGCACUGGUGCUUAUUUGCAGAGGAUAGACGCGUAAUUAGGCACUUGUGCUUCAGAAACAUCCGGUUUAUUUUUAAGCACCUCCCUAAGCAUCUAGCAUUGUACAAGGCCUAAAUAGAUAGGGAUAGCCAAACUGCUGAGAAUAUUCCUCAAAAACCUGGUUGGCAACAGCUGGCAAAAUAUGGCGGAUGAGGGCAACCAUGCUUGCCUAGCAAGCGAAUCGUUUUUUUUCGCUCAGUCACCUCUCCCGAACAAAACCAAUGUGUUAGUUACCCAGGCUCUUCGCGCUCUCUUCUCGCAGUUGGCGGUUGCUGCGGCGGCGCCAGCGCCGGCCAGAGAAGUGCAGCGACGGGCAAGCUCGCCCUUCCUCUCAUGUCUAUCUAGCCCCCUCUCCAGUCCCGUGCAUGUGCCCUGUGUGGAGGCGGCGGCGGCGGCGACGGCUUGGGCGGAUCCGCGAUGGCGCCGCCGCCACACUCGAGAGCGAGGCUACGUAGAACUGGAUCCAGCAGGAGUUAACUCCACCGUGCUCCUCGAGGACGCCCACCACAGCAUCAAGCUCUGCUUGGCUGCCCGCGUCCUACCUCACCCCCACACCCGGGUUAAGCUGCGGCUGGCUCUGUCCUUUCAAUUCCCAUGCUUGUGUGCAUACUUGUUAAAUUCAUAAACUGCAGCAUGCUAGAGGAUGUGCGGCUAUGAAACUCUACUCUCUGAUUUGUUGCUCUAUGAACUGCAGCCUGAUCUGAUAAAUUCAUGGAUGAUUGUGUGCAUACUUGUUACUUGUGUAUGUAUACAAGACAACAGUUGUGUGUACACUAAUUUAUGCGUGUGCUUACUAGAGCGUACUAGAAGAUGUGCGGCUGAUUGUGUGUGUGUGCUUGUGUAUGUGAAUCUUGGAAGUUUUUUUCUUUUUCAAUUUACUACCAUAGAUGAACCAAGAAAAAUAAGCUAUCUAGAAGUUUUUCUUCAAUUUACUAGAGGAUGCGUGGCUGAUUGUGUGUGCUUGUGCAUCUGUUAGACUUAUGAUAUUAAUGUACAUUGGCAUGUCAAACACACAAAUAGCUAUCCCUAAGAGCGUCUCUAGCAGACCCCUUAGAGAAACUCUAGCAGACCCCGCAAAACACGCAGACCUGCAAAAUUCCGGUUAGUAUGCGGGCUCGGCCCAAUUUUCCGGCCAGAACAGAGCACGCAUACUCGCCCGGCCCGCAAUUUUUUUUGUCGCGGCCCGCAAACCGCACGCCCUGACCGCUAUAUCUACGGUUCCGCGGCUCGUUUGCGG